AUGCGCUGCGACCGUCGCCUCCCAGGUGAAAAUCCCAAGCUUUGCCUUCUCCGUCUACAGUCCGGCGGCAUUUGCUUACCUUCUGGGCCAUUGGAAGCGUGCAGGGACCAUCAGGGACCUGAAGGCGGAGGAUUUGAUGCCACCCCCAAGUGGCUAUCCCCAACCUAUCAUCUCGUGGAGGCUAUUCGAAGCGCGCCUCGUCUUGAGCAACUUUAUUGCACUCGCCGACCGUGUGUGGGCGUGUUGUCAGCGGUCGUGUGGAAUAGUGAUAAACUAGUGCGGCAAGGGGAGGAUACGUCCGAUGAUUACCUGGUACAGUGGCUUGAUAAGCAACGACCCUCGUCGGUGGUGUUUUUAUCCUUCGAAAGCGAGUUGUUUCUAUCGGCAGAGCAGAUAAGUGAAUUGGCGUUGGCACUGGAGGACAUCGCGUUGCCCUUUCUCUGGUCUUUGCGAUCUUCCGAUGGGACGUCCUCCACGUUGUUAUUGUUGCUCGAGGGUUUUGAAGGCCGGACACGUGACCGGGGGCUGGUCGUUGGCGGGUGGGUGCCUCAGGGGGUUAACUGUCGACAGGUUGCGCUGGAAUUGAAUGCGGGAAUUGAAGUGGAUAGGAAUGAGGAGGGGUGUUUUAGCAGGGAGGAGGUGUGUAAGGCAGUUUGGAUGGUGAUGGGUAAAUAA